AUGGAAACCAGAAAUACUAUCCGAGUCAACUUUGUGAAAGUACCUUCCGAGCUGAAAGAAUUGGUAUCAAAGGUUCCUGGAAAUUCUCGUUUCAGUGAAAGGCACGGUCAUCUACUCGAUUUGGUUACCUCAGGUUUUGAAGAAGAGAUGAUGAGUGUGUUGUUUCAGUUCUUCGACCCCGAGCAUCAUUGCUUCACGUUCCCCGAUUAUCAGUUGGUACCCACUAUGGAAGAAUUUUCUGAGACGCUUCAGAUCCCUAUUGGAAAUCAACUACCAUUCACUGGUUUAGAGAAGAGUCCGAAGCCUGAAGCUAUUGCCGCUGCUUUACACCUGAGGAAGUCUGAAAUUGAGAAAAAUUGGGAAACGAGAAGUGGGGUCGAGGGUUUCCUUGCUAAGUUCUUAAUUGAUAAGGCACGAUCAUUCUCAAAAUCCAUGAGUUAUCAUGCUUUCGAAGACAUUUUGGCUUUGCUCAUCUAUGGCUUGGUGUUGUUUCCAAAUCCUGACCAGUUCAUAGACGUGCAUGCCAUCAAGAUAUUUUUGACUCACAAUCCUGUGCCUACUUUGCUUGGAGAUAUUCUACACUCACUUCACACCCGUACGAUGAAGAAGCGGGGAACUCUCAUGUGUUGUAUACCUUUGCUGUCUAGGUGGUUUAUUUCGCACCUUCCUCGAUCUGUAAUGAGGAAUGACCAAGGCCAGAAGUGGCAUCGGAGAAUAAUGUCGCUUUCUCACUCUGAUAUUCGCUGGUGUUCUCUGUCCAAGGAAAAUGUUGUUAUUAUUGAUCGUUGCGGGCGGUACCCUAAUGUGCCCCUCCUUGGCAUAAGGGGAGCUGAGAAAAUGAAUCCUCUCGAGCAAUCAGUUAAGGAUCUGCAAGCACAGAAUGCUGAGUUCCAAGCCCUGAUCUUGAGUCUGGCGAAAGGGCAGGAAGAGCUGAAGACCCUCCUUACUAAGAGUGAGAAGAAGACUAAGAAGCCUGUGGGCGUUUUCAACAUGGGAAGAAGAUUUCGAGGCCCUCUCAAAAAGGUCAAAGAAGUCGAUAUCCCAGAAGAGACUGAACAAGAUGACAAUGUUAGUGGUAAGGCUGAUCAGAAGAGCAAUGGUUCUGUCAAGCAAGAUGAAGACGAAGAAGAGUACUAUGAUGAUGAAGAGUAUCCAGAAGAUAAGUACAGACAGUUGGAGGAACGAAUGAAGGCUGUAGAAACCCAGAAGAUCCCAGGGUUAGACUUUGAGGAACUAGGGCUCAUCUCAGGAGUUGUGAUUCCUCCAAAGUUCAAAACUCCGAUCUUUGCGAAGUAUGAUGGAGUCUCUUGUCCGAAACUGCACCUAAAAUCAUAUGUGAGGAAGAUCCAACCUCACACCGCUGACAAGAUGUUGUGGAUCCACUUGUUCCAAGAGAGUUUGACAGGAACUCAACUCGAAUGGUACUAUCAGCUAGAGGGUACCAAUAUUCGUACUUGGGAGGACUUGGCUGUUGCUUUCUAUACGCAAUACCAAUAUAAUUCUGAUCUCGCACCGACUCGUACACAACUGCAGAGCAUGUCCAUGGGUCCGAAAGAAAGUUUCAAGGAUUAUUUGCUGGGAAGCUCAUCAGCUGGUUUUACUGACUUGAUAUUGACUGGGGAGCGGGUUGAAAGUGGCAUCCGAAGUGGGAAAAUUCAGGUGGCUACCUCUUCUGGUGUUACGAAGAAGCCUUAUAGUGGGAAGACUGAAGCUAAUGCUGUGCACAGCCAGAGGGGUCGCAACAGAAAUGAUAGUAGCCAUUCUGUUGGAGCUGUCUUAAUCUCUACACCAACACCUCGACAAGAACAACAACAGGGAUACCAGCGUAGGCAGGAUGCGCCCAGGAGGAAAUUUACAAAAAUAAACAUGCCACUAUCCCAAGCAUUACAAUAUCUGUUAAAGGCGGGCUUGAUCACUGUGAGGGACCCUCCGAAGACCACUAAUACUGCCUCUCCUGGUUAUAACCCCAAUGCGAAGUGUGCCUACCAUUCUGAUAGCCCAGGACAUGACGCGAACAGUUGUUGGGCUCUGAAAAAUAAGAUUCAAGAUAUGAUAGAUGCUGGAGAAAUCGAGUUUGACCCUCCAGAGACUCCCAAUGUUAUUACCGCUCCUAUGCCGAAGCAUGACAAAGCUGUCAAUGCUGUUGACCAAGAAUCCUAUGUUACUAAUGUGAUGAAUCUGACUACUCCACUCCCCAUUAUCAAGAAGAAGCUGUUGCAAGCCGGUUUAUUUCCGGGUUGCGUCGAAGACUGUUAUUUCUGCUCGUCUCAAUCAAAUGGUUGUACAAGGUUGAAGAUUGGUAUUCAAUGCCUGAUGGAUAAGCGAAAGAUCAUGUUUGAAAAAGUGCCUUCUGUGGAAAAAUUAUGUGAAGAUCUAGCUCAAAACUUGAAAAUUGAAGACGUGUCCGUAAUUUCCAAGACUCCUAUCAGAAUCCCUACCAAGGCCCCCAUAAGGAUCACUGCUGAGCCUAGGGUAGCUCCCUUGAUCAUUACCAAGCCUGGUCCGAUCCCGUACUCCUCCGACAAGGCUGUCCCUUGGAGCUAUGGUAAUGAGGUGUAUAUCCAUGGUGUGAAACAAGAAGCCCUGAAUGAUAAGCCUGUCAAAAUUUCCAGCCCUGACAUUGACAAUAUUGUGGGGACCAGCAAAGUUACAAGAAGUGGAAGAAUUUUCUCUCCGGAGAUCUCUCCUGGUGCCAAUAUCUCAACUCAGGUCCCUGUUCCCGAUUCAACUGCUGAUGUGCAAGGGAAAAGGCCAAUGCUGGAGCCAGUUCAGACACCGGUAGAAGCUACUACUGAAGAAGUCUCUCAGAAGGAAAUGGAUGAAAUUCUGAAGAUCAUCCGGAAGAGUGAUUACGAUGUGAUUGAACAGUUGGGGCACACUUCCUCCAAGAUAUCCAUGCUAUCAUUGUUAACUUGUUCUGAGGCCCAUGCUAAGGCUUUGAUGAAGUUUCUAAAAGCGGCGCACGUACCACAAGAGAUUUCUGUUAAUCAAUUUGAGAACUGUGUUGCAAGUUUGACAACGAACAACUACCUAGGGUUUUCUGAUGCUGAUCUGACUCCUGCUGGAAAGAGUCAUAACAAAGCCUUGCACAUCUCCAUUGAGUGUAAGGGUACUACUUUGUCCCAUGUGCUGGUGGAUAAUGGCUCCUCGCUGAAUGUAUUGCCUAAAUUGGUGCUGGAUAGACUUGAUUCUGAAGGGAUAGUGCUAAUGCCCAGUAAUGUGGUGGUAAAGGCUUUCGAUGGGUCGAAGAGUACAGUCUAUGGAGAGGUUGAGCUCCCAAUCAGAGUGGGUUCUCAAACUUUCAACUCCUUGUUCUAUGUGAUGGAUAUCCACCCCGCCUAUUCUUGCUUGCUCGGGCGUCCGUGGAUACAUGGGGCAGGUGCUGUGACAUCUACUUUGCAUCAGAAGCUGAAGUACCUUGCAAAUGGCAAGAUCGUCACUGUGCAUGGGGAAGAAGAGUAUGUGGUUAGUUGUGUGAAUGAGUACAAGUAUAUCGAAGUGAACGGCGAAUUCAUCGAGACUCCUUGCCAGACUUUUGAAUUGGUUCCUCAAGUUGUCUCUACCGCCAAGCACACUCCUACUGUUCCUAAAGUUACCCGGAUCCCUUCAACAAUGGCUUCUCUGAAGGAUGCUAAGGCUGUAGUUGAAGAAGGUGGUUGUACUGUUUGGGGCCAACUCAUUGAUGUCCCGUAUAAAUCUGACAAACUUGGUUUAGGUUGUACUGCUGGAACUCAGAAGAAUAAUCAUCACACCCGGCUUGGAGGAUUAAUGUCUCAUUUCGUCAGCAAAGGAGUCAAUGCCUUGGAAGAUGGGGAGAACAACUGCAAUCUAGACAAGUGGAUCUUCCCGACACCUGAUCAUGGGCUGAACAACUGGAAGACCGAAGAUGUUAUCUCUAUCUCCUUCAACCAGGAGUAA